CACUUAAACCACCCAAAAUCAUAAAACCAGCAACGGAAGGAGCUUCGGUGGACUGAAGACGAUUUCUCUCGGCCAAACUCGAAAGUCUAUUGUGCAACUUCCAAUUCGAGACCGGAAUUAACUGUGUUGGGUUUAUGCCACGACUACAGAUGGCUGCAUCUACUCUCAUUUGUGACACUCAGCCUUGGAAGGACUUGAAGGCCCAUGUUGAGGAUAUCAAGAAGAUGCAUUUACGUGAUUUGAUGAACGAUCAUGAACGGUGCAAGUCAAUGAUGCUUGAGUUUGAUGGGGUGCACUUGGACUACUCAAGGCAAUGUGCUAAUGAACACACCAUGGAGAAACUUUUCACACUCGCAGAGGCAGCACAUCUCAAACAGAAGAUCAACAGCAUGUUCAAUGGAGAGCAUAUAAACAGCACCGAGGAUAGGUCUGUCCUUCAUGUAGCUCUGCGUGCUUCGAGGGAUGAAGUUAUAUGCAGUGAUGGGAAGAAUGUGGUUCCAGAAGUUUGGAAGGUCUUGGACAAGAUUAGUGACUUCUCUGAAAAGAUUCGAAGUGGCUCCUGGGUUGGAGCCACAGGAAAAACAUUGAAAGAUGUUAUUUCUGUUGGUAUUGGUGGUAGCUUCUUAGGUCCUCUAUUUGUGCAUACUGCCCUUCAAACUGAUCCAGAGGCAACAAAAUGUGCAAAAGGACGCCAACUACGAUUUCUUGCAAAUGUUGAUCCAAUUGAUGUUGCCAGAAGUAUCUCGGGGUUGAACCCUGAAACCACAUUAGUUGUGGUGGUUUCAAAGACCUUUACGACAGCUGAAACAAUGCUCAAUGCUCGGACCCUGAGGGAGUGGAUCACAGCUGCUCUUGGGCCUCAGGCAGUUGCAAAGCAUAUGGUUGCUGUCAGUACAAACCUUACGCUUGUAGAGAAGUUUGGCAUAGACCCUAAUAAUGCCUUCGCAUUUUGGGACUGGGUCGGCGGCCGAUAUAGUGUUUGCAGUGCUGUUGGUGUUUUGCCUUUAUCUCUCCAAUAUGGAUUCUCUGUUGUUGAGAAGUUUCUUAAGGGAGCUUCUAGCAUUGAUCGACAUUUCCACUCAGCACCUUUUGAGAAAAACAUCCCUGUUCUUCUAGGUUUAUUAAGCUUAUGGAAUGCUACAUUUCUUGGAUAUCCUGCAAGGGCUAUCUUACCAUACUCUCAGGCCCUUGAGAAAUUGGCCUCACAUAUCCAACAGGUUAGUAUGGAGAGUAAUGGAAAGGGUGUAUCAAUUGAUGGGGUGCCACUCCCCUUUGAGGCUGGGGAAGUUGAUUUUGGUGAACCUGGAACUAAUGGUCAGCACAGCUUUUACCAGCUAAUUCACCAGGGCCGCACUGUUCCUUGUGAUUUUAUUGGUGUUAUGAAGAGUCAACAACCUGUGUACUUGAAAGGUGAAAUAGUGAGUAACCAUGAUGAGCUCAUGUCUAACUUUUUUGCGCAGCCUGAUGCCCUUGCUUAUGGGAAGACCCCAGAACAGUUGCGCAGUGAGAAAGUGCCUGAACAUCUUAUUCCCCAUAAGACCUUCUCUGGCAAUCGACCAUCAUUUUGCCUUUUACUUCCCUUUUUAAAUGCUUACAAUGUUGGGCAGUUGUUGGCAAUCUAUGAACACAGAAUUGCUGUGGAAGGUUUCAUUUGGGGCAUAAAUUCGUUUGACCAAUGGGGAGUAGAGUUAGGCAAGUCAUUGGCUUCCCAAGUUAGGAAGCAACUUAAUGCUUCUCGUACGAAAGGAGAGGCAAUUGAGGGCUUUAAUUUCAGUACCACGACAAUGCUAACAAAAUAUCUAGAGGCGAAAUCACCGGUACCUUCUGAUCCAGUAACUAUUCUACCAAAAGAUAUAACGCAGUGAGUAGAGGAAGGUGGUCGUCUCUGAAUUGAAUGAGUUUUGAAGUCUUUAUUGCAUCGGUUUCUACAAUCCAUUUGAGGACUGGAUUUAUGUAUUCCUGAGUUUUUCAAAUACAAUGUAGUUUCUAAGUUGUGUCUGUUGUCAGCAAAACAAUUUGAGCUCUUCUGACAUUUUGUUGU